AUGACCAAGAAGAACAAGCAGACUGCGUCAUCAGUUGAAGACCUCGUCAGGUCCUGGACUGUUGGACCUAACGACAUUGUGAGAGUGAGUAAGACGUGCAGUGCGAGUGGCAGUUCCUGUCUCAGAGCAGCCCAGGAGUGUGCCCAGUUGAGAGUCGGCAUCUUCAAACAGUGCGCAGAGAACACAGACCUCGUGUUCGUACAAGAGUACGAGAAGGUGUGCAUGAUGACGUACUGCUUCGCCUCCAUGGACAAGAGUCUCUCUUCUGAGGAGGAGAGGAGGGAGUUCAUUGAUGAGCAGCUGUGUGGAAUAUUUGAGUCAUACCACUACCAGUGUGUGUCUUCAUCUCUCUGCAAUGAUGAGUGGACCAAGUGCGCCAAAGUGUGUCAGAAGGAGAACGAGUACUUCACCACUCUGGCCCCCAGACACCAGGCCCACUGUGGCGAGGACCCCAACGAGUACUUGGAAAACUUCAACUCCAUUCAAGCACUGGAAGCUCUGCCUGGCUGUUACUGCGCUCCUGGGUUCUACCGAGAGGCUAAGGCGCCCCACGGCUGUGUGAAGGCGGAGGAGUGCACGUGCAAAUAUGGAGACAGAGACGACUACCUCAUCGGAGAGACUCACAGGAGUGACUGUCUCAUGUGCGUCUGUUCCAAAUACGGAAUUUGGGAGUGUGAGAGCCGACCUUGCAAGCGAAGCUGUUCAGUCAUCGGACAUCCCCAUUACACCACGUUCGACGGAGCCUACUUCGCUUUGGGCGCCAAAGAUGUCGAGCUGGUUCUGUUCGAAGAUUCCGACCAGCAGAAUUUCCGAGUGACUGUGACUACCACAAACCACCCCGACAGAGCGUCGUUGAGCGACAGUCCCGAAGGAUGUAGCGAUACUGACAGGUCCGCGUGUCUGAAGACAGUUCAGCUCUACGUGUACGAGAAUGGAUUCACGGACAGUAGCAAGAGACUGCAUGUCAAACUUGAGGGUGACGCAAUCGAGAUAGGAGAGGGAGGCCAGUUGUCCGAACCCCUUGGCGCCAGGGCCAUGGUUUUCAAUGAUCCUGAGAGCGACUGUUACCGAUACGAAGUGGUUCGGCCAAGUGGCACUGAAGGUCUCUACUACAAAGUGAUGAUCUUCUGCAAGAGCAGAGGUCUCAUCUCAAUCACAUACAACCAGGACAACCACGUGUUCGUCACAGCUGACAGCUCAUUCCAAAACUCACUGGAAGGUCUUUGCGGUAUCUACAAUGGACACUCAGGGGAUGACAAACAGUUCAGAGAGAGCCAGACAGGCUGUGGUUCCCUUCUCAACUGUGCGGAGGGCAUCUCAGUCACUGGCAGUGUGCCAGACUUAGAAGUGACCACGUGUCAGACGAAUCAGUUCGAAUCUGAGAUCGACAUCUGUGGAAAGAUGGACGCAGAUGGCAACGAGAACGCCAAGGCCUUCUUCCAGUGCCUCAACGACUACCUUGACCCCAAACUGUUCAUCCACCUGUGCGAACAGGACAUCUGUCAGGCGACCAUUGGAACCAGUGACCCGACUCUCAAAGCCAAAGCGGAUUGCAGUGUUUUCGAGGCGUAUGUUUUGGAAGCACUGAACAAGAUUGCGGCCGCAGAGGGCAAGGGGAAAGUGGACGAGUGCAUCGCCACUUUGGGAGGUGCCAGCUGGCAAGCGGCUGUGGGACUCGACAAAUGCUUGGUUGGCAAGACGUGUUCGGGUUCUCUGAAGUACAAAACGAGUGUGAAUCUGUGCAAAUUUGGCAGCUGUGACGAAGUCAAUCACUUCCACUCCAACGACACCUACAUGGCAUUCUGCGACAGGACUGUGCUGGACGGGUGUGAGUGUGAGGACUCCUCCUUCUACCUCAACUCUCAGGAGAGUGACAUGUGCACCAGUCUGGAGGACUGCAAGUGCAAGGGACAGGACGGAGACAUGGUCGACAACGGGGCUGUGUGGACUGUGGGAAAUGUACUCACUUUUUACUGUGAGGAUGGUGUGACCAAAGUGAAUGACUCUUGUCCGAGUGAGGAUGACGUCAUUGUCGAGUGUGCGGGAGAACUAGUCUACAAAUCAGACUUCAACUCGUGCCAGAAGACGUGUGCGGAUGUGCAGCUGGGAACACUUCACCACUCCUUCUGCGAGGAGGCAGACAGAAUCCCAUGUGGAUGUGUGUGUCCAGAGGGAAAGGUCAUGGUUCACUUGGGCACCAGUGGUGACGUGGCCUGUGUGGAACCAGUGGACUGUCCUUGCUUCUACGACGGGGUAGACUAUGCCAGUGGAGAGGACCACGCAUUUGGCUGUGCAGUGUGCAGUUGUGUGAGUGGGGGUUGGGACUGCGACUACUCCGCCUGUCAGGCAGUCUGCUCCCUCAACGGGGAGAGUCACGUGAGGUCAUUCGAUCAACUCCAGUACAGUCACCAGGGGGUGUGUCAGUAUGCGGCCAUGAGGGUCCACAAGGAGGGCACACAGGGACCCAUCGCAACUAUUUUGUCCAAUAACCAGCUCUGUGGAACAGCCGGACUAAUCUGUGCCAAAGAGAUCAGCGCCCGUUUCAGUCCGGGUCCCGGAUCAGGCCUCGAACUGACCUUGAGGAGAAACAGCCGACCAAAUAUCAACGGGGCUUUCAUGCCGGCAGAUGAAGAUGUUUUGACUGUUGAUCGACCUGACAUGACCUUUUCUAUCGUGUACAGAAAUGAUUUCGACACUUUUGUGACUUACAAUGAUAAGAACAGCGGAUUCAACGUAACACUGAGAUGGGACGGAAGUACCCGAGCAGCUAUAUUGGUGGAUAGGCGAUUCCAGUCCUCUUCCUCUGGAAGCGAUUUCACCUUCUCCGGUCUGUGUGGAGACUUCAACGGGAGACCAGGAGAUGACAUCAACGAUGCCGGGGUGACUGACUCCAGUGCCAUCUCCGAGUUUGUCAGCAGUCACAUUGUGGACACUUGUAGUGACCCUCCGAGUGAAUCUACCGACGAUGAGACAGUCAUGUGUAGGGACCAUCCGUUCCGACUGAACUGGGCGGUGGAGCAGUGCCAUGGCUUCAUUCACCAGGACAUGUUCGCUUCGUGUCGCGAGGCACUGGGAGAGGAGGUGGUGACCUCUUACUUCACAGCGUGUGUGGAGGACUCGUGCGAGUGUGACAAGGGAGGUGAUUGUGAGUGUCAGUGUGAACAGUUUGAGGAGUACGUGUCUGCUUGUGAAGCCAAAGGCAUGACUUACUACUCAUGGAGGAACCUGCACAAUUGCCCAAUUAUGUGUGAGGAUGGUAUGGAGUACAGGGAGUGUGGUCCGGUGGUGAGACCCCAGUGCAACAGUGGCUUCCUCGACUACAGUCUCAUGAUCCCACAGGACUUCUGUGCUGAGGGCUGCUACUGCAAAGACGGACUCAUCUACGAUCCAGCUGACGAGCAGUGCAAGAGUCCGGACGAGUGCUCAUGUGUGGCUCCCCCUGGAUACGGACUCCCGAAGUACAUCGCCAACGGAGAGUACAUCAAGGCACUCUGCAGAAUAUGCCAUUGUACUGGCACUGGAAACAUGACGUGCACCCCCAUCCCCGGCUGUGAAGUGACAUGCAAGACGCACGAGACCAACUGCAGCUCUGCCCAGGGAGAAACCGAGUGCUACUCGCCUCCGGGACACUGUGACGGAGUGUGCGACACGCCAUCCUGCUGCGACGAAUCGGAAUGUCAAGUGGAGACGUGUGACGGGCGUCUGUGUGACAACAACAUGACAUGUGUUUCUCAUGACGAGAUGUGUGAUGGACUCUAUCAGUGUUUCGACCAGUCCGACGAACAAGAAUGCGAGUGUGAGUGUGACGAGAGUGAGGAAUGGAUGUGUGGUGCCACUGGAGUACUGAACAAUGACGUCACUCACUGCCAGUGCAUCAACAUCACUCAGAAGUGUGACAGACAGUGCGACUGCUUCGACUGCUCUGACGAAGAAGAUUGUCACCCAUGUCUCAAAGCGGAAUACACGUGCACCAACAAUGGCUUCUGCAUCCCCGAGGACAGAGUGUGCGACGGGUGGCCAGAUUGUGGGGAUGCAUCGGACGAGGAGGGAUGUGCCCCUUGCAUGGACGAGAUGGAUGACGUCAUCGACGACAGGAUGCCAGCUGCCAAGUGCGAAGAGGGACACUACGUCGUCAUGGACCUCAAACCCGGAUCGGUUCUGGAUUCGUUUGAGAUCGUGGCCUCGCCCGCCACUGCCAUGUACCCCUCAUUUGUGAGAGUCUUCUUCCUCAACUCCACUGAGGCCAUAGAACAGCAGGACUCCGGCAUACUUCCCGACAACUCAGCUUCUGAGAAGGAGCUGUUCGCCCAGAAGAUAGAGAACUCGACUACUGAAGUGUCGUUCGAGUGGCAGUUCACGAAGAAUGAACAGUUCCCAGACACCACACGAGUCAUCUUCAAGUUCCUCAACCCUUGCGACGAAGAGGGAGUCCAGCUGGACAUCUCUCUACACGGAUGCACAGGAGUGUGCAGGUGUGAGGAGAUGGGACAGGGAGAGGAGGAGACCCUGGACAAUCCCGUCCUGGAGUGUGCAGAGGGCGAUAAGUCACUCAUCACCUUCGACGAGGUAAUCAUUGUUGAUCGGACAUUUGAAGAAAGUAAUGUAAAAAAGUCAAAAAUUUCAAACCCGUUUUCUCUACACUAG